CGAAACAAUUGCCAGCAUAUAUAGAAUACACUAUAUGAGUAGCGAACUUUUGAAAUAAAUGGAUGAAUAUUGAACGGCGAAAUACUUUUGGCUUUUGAUCAAAUAACAAUAUGCGCGUAUCUUGGGAAAAUAGUUAUUUUCAGCUGUCUCGUAUAUCUUAUAGUCGUACAUGGAGUAGAUGACUGCUGAGGAUGGCAAGACAAUAUACUGCUAUAAAGACUUUAGUGAGACCAUCUUACUAAUGAAAUCCUAACCGUACCGGUAAAAAUGUACCUUCAGCACCUUAUAACGGAAGUAAAGUUUGCCGUCAUAGUAUAUUCGUGUUCUGAAAAACGACUAGAUCAAACGACGAUUUUUAUGUAUAUGUACAUAUAUAAAUCAAAAUAAUAUCCUGGUAUUGGAAACUCGUGAUUUUUUCUAUACGAUUAAGAUGAUCUCUAUAGCGUAAUCUGUCUACUUACAGCUUAUAUAUACUAAUUGCAUCGAAAGAUGAUACAUUUGCCGCCGAUUUGGAAAAUGGACAGGAACAAAAAAUAAAACUAGUUGUGUACUAGCGAACAUUGCAUUACCUACCGUUAAGCGUUGUCGGCAGAUGCGGUAGAGCGGAUUAUACUAUUUACUUAUCAAGAAUUACCCUGUACUGCUAAUCCUUUCUAAUUAUGUCAUUAAAAAACCCGCGCGCAGGCUAACCUAAAGCCGAACUCUGCGCGGAGACGCAAAAGCCAUUAUAUUACAUACUUUCCUAUAGGUGAUAGAAAUUGAUGAUAAAGAUGCUUAUCAAAGUGAAAAUAGGAUCUUUUUGAUCUCAUGAUAUUUGCGUAACGGUUAAGUGACGCAUCUUAGCGAUUUGAAUCAGCUGUGGUGUGUUGUUAGGUGCGUGCUAACUUAUGGCACGCGCACGAAUGUAUCUGGUUUGAAACACUAUCGAGUUAACCGGAUGAAAACAGAUAUUCGCUGUAUGAAAAAAAUUUAAAGUACCAUUUUUAUGUUUGUUGGAAGCUUAAAAUAGUCGUUUGGAAUGAAAGACGGAAAAGUUGUAUUUUUACUGGAAGUACCUGCAAGACCUAUGAUAGUUUAACGCUUUUUAGAGUAAUACAAUAUAGUGGUAAUACUAAUUCCUUUCGAAUCACGAAAGGACACGACAAUCGACGCUAAAGCCUGAUACAUAAACCACCUGUGGCCUUUUCUCUAAGUGCUUAUCGUUGCAGCUGAUAUCGCUAGCCUUGAGUGUUGCCGCCGCGCAGACGCAUAAACAAGGGAUCUGGAGAAAUUUAAUAUAUACAAUCUAGGAAAAAUAUGGUCUAGUAGAUCCAAUAAUUAUUCUAUUACGUAGCAUUUCGGCUCGACUGGAAUUUUACUAGAGUAUUUUGCGCAACUAUUUAUCGUAUGAGGCAUUUUAAGCACAGAUCUCAAACAAGAUGGGUUGUAUAGGAAAAGGUUAUGCCGUAGUUAGAGUUGGGGGAAGUUUCAGUUACAAGCAAUGAUAACCUUAGAUAGGGGAGCCAGUGAUUUUCAUAACUAAUUUCUAUUAGAACAUGACGCCUAUGUGUAUGACGCCUACCUGUGAACCUUUUCCGCUGCUUUUAGCCAGGGAUGUUUAUUCUUUUUUGCGAGAUAAGAGUUUUUAUAGAAUUUCGACGAUUUGGUUCUAAGUACCAUUGCGAGACCUCUUAUCAAAGAUGCGUAUUAGCUGUUUAAGUAAACGACGCUUGCAGCGCUUUGAAAUACAGUAGGGUAACUUAGUCGAGACUCCCUAUGUUUCGAUUCUGUAUUGACUUACAGAGCAACGCCCGCUGUUAAAAUAACGUAUCUUUACAUGGAAGCCCUGAAUAGGAUUAUGCCUGUAUCUAUGUAAGCAAAACAUAGAAUGCACGAUGAAAAACUAUUAAAUACUUUAACAGGAAGUGACGAAUAUCUGCAUUAAAACUAUUAUCUAAUAAAUAGUAAGUUAUCGUAAUGCAGGAAGCUGUUCGACCAUUCCCCUUUGAAUGAAACUGAAAAAGCAAUGCUAUAAUUGAAAAUUUGAUUUAGUAAUCAAUCUCGCCGUUUAGGUAAUGCGACGGCGCGAGCAAACACCAUCGGAUCAGUUCUUGCUUCGUGACUAAUUAAAUAUACUCACAAUACAGAUUUUAUCAAAUGGGGAAAGCUACCGUAUGUUUCUAUAUAUAGGUCGCUUUUCCCAUUUGGCAGAAAAUUAUGAGAACUUAAAGAAAAAUGCUAAAAAACAUAACAUGCUGUGACGAGGGACCAAGAUGCGAAGUAGCAAUUCAUUUCAAGUGAGACAGGUAAACACCUGUCCUUUAACCGCCUCAAAACCUCUAAUAUUUUAUUAUUUUACGAGGACUUUCGUUAUGUAAAACUGUCCACUCAAAAUACCAUUAAAUAAAUUGAAUAUGGCGCAAUUUAAAAUUUUACAUAGCGUCUACUAGGCGGUCAAAAAACUAUUCGAUUUGCCAGAAGUAUGACUUUUCGGUAGACGACGAGUAUGGCACACCAAGAUACGAAGCACAGCUACUGUAGAUUAGAACAGGUAACAUCAUCUCAGAAGAGUGGACCACAGCUUUUACUCGCGUCUUUAGUUAGUACUUCAAGAUAGACAAUAAGUGAGAGUAUUAAAGGUAUGAAAAUGAUCUCGAAUGGUGUAUUAGGGAAGGCCUGAAUUUCAAAGGUCAUAUUGCCUACAAAUGAAUCAUGGUAGAAAUGCACUUUAACGAUUUCUAUAUGUUUCUUAGUAAACUAUUCCAGCAAGGCAUAUCGAUUCCACUCUGUGGGUCAUCAUGAGCCCAUAAGUCGUUAGGGUAAAUCAACGGCGAUUUGUUACCAAGAGUUGAGGUCAGUUGGUUGCAGCUUUAACACUCUGCCGCGCUACUGCCUCUCACGUUCAAUUAAGAGGAUUAAAAUAGUUUCUGAAAGUGACUAGGAAUAUGCCAAUAAUUGAUUUAUUUUUUGGCCAAACUAAAACGGUCCUGGCAAGGACACUGUGCUCAGCGGAUCAUUUCAGAUUGUUUCAAACAAAAUAGAUUCGAACUAUCUAAAUCGGACGAUAGUUUAGGGCUGAUACUACGCCUCUGAAUACAUAUAUACUGCACAAGCUGAGGUGGUAAACAUUGAAAUAAAGAUCAUAGUUUAAUGUACGCUGGUAGGAAGAAACCUCAGAGUUGACAUAUCAAUGAUAGCUACAGAUCGGAGAACAAAAUAUUGCUUUUGUGCGCAUGCGUCAGUUGAAUGUUAACUGGGACCUGUAUACGACUUUAGCCUUUCGUUUUCAUUUAUUUCACUCACUCUUUUACCAGCGUGUGGGUUCCUUCUGAAUACUAGAAAUGGCUAAAUCGAAUAUGUCGCUGGAUAUUAUAGUUUGCCACUGUAAACAUCUACGUUCUAGGCAACACAAGUAGCAGUGAGCACGGUUCACGUCAAAUGUCAAGGGGCGAAAGAAUGCGCCGCUGCGAAUUGAGAAAACGAUGCUGAAACUACGCCAGUGAUAGUCAUACAACCGGCGACAGGGAUUUUCGGUAAACUUCAUAAUGACACGCUGCAAUGGUCGAAAACUUCAUAAAUGUCUUAAUGAGAAUUGAGCAAGGCAGCAGGAUUUUGUAUGUCACGGUCGGCGGCGGUGGACGAGAACUUAAAGACACCGUGAGAUUAAGCGACUUUCUACCGCGAAGAGGCAUUCGACGAAGCUCUAGUUUGCUUGGUCAGCACAACGUCGAGAACACGCAUAGAUCCUGGAUGGAACAGAAAUUUUUAGCAAUGGCAGCGGCUGCGGCAUCACAGGGCGUGACGGGCGUUGGCGCAGGCAGCGGCGGCCUGUCCUUAGGAUGUAUUGGCACGGCCGAAGGUACGACCCCAUUGACACGCCACUUGACAGCACACCCCGCUGGGGGACUAACGACUACUGCGGGCGGAGAACCCCCUAAAAUUUCUGGCAUACCGUGCGCAGCUUCCCCGUCGCGGUACACCGCCCCCGUGCACAUCGACGUUGGCGGUGUUACGUAUACUUCCUCAUUAGGAACACUUACAAGACAUCCUGAUUCUCGACUCGGGCGACUAUUCAAUGGAUCAAUCCCCAUUGUUUUGGACACGCUUAAGCAACACUACUUUAUUGAUCGUGACGGCAACCUAUUUCGGCACAUAUUAAACUACCUUCGCUGUGGACGUCUCGUUCUGCCAAAUAACUUCCAUGAAUUGGAUCUAUUGCGUGAAGAGGCUAAAUAUUAUGAUAUACCAUCGUUAAGUCGCGAAAUCGAAGAGCUGUGGACUCGGUCAGAAAUCGCCGAAAGCUCAGUCGAUGGCAAGGCUUGGGAGAGCAAGCGACAGCGCCCUCGAAACGAAGAUAAUUUUGCUAAUCAUCAGUGCAUUUUAUUGAGCACAUCUCCUGAUCUGGGAGAACGAGUCUUGAUCUCCGGUGAGCGCCAUAUUGUCGAAGAGUCCUUUCCUGAGGUCGCCGACGGCCUCCAGGUUUCCAGCUGUCCAUCACCAAGUCCGCCGUGGCUAUCUUCAGAUUGUCGGCACCUGCAUCGUUUUCCGCUUAAUGGUUUUUCUAAGCUGCAGUUACUUCCAGCAGUUCAGCGACUACUGGAUGCCGGCUUCAUUUUGUCGACGUCAACUUGUACAUCAACCUGCAGUGCGAGCGAAGGGGGAACAGGGCGCGAAUACUUGUUCGUAAGAAAACCCGCACUAUCUCAUUAAACAGCUUAGUUCUACGGCAACAAUGGCUUCAUACAUUCAUCGAAUAUCAACCCCCUAAUGUCUUCGAAGAGGACAGAGGAUGUUAAAGGUUUAACAAAUUCAACCUUUUUGGCCGUGCUGAUGAAAUUGUGAAAAUUUAGAUGUAAUCGUGAAAAUUUAGAUGUAAUCAUAACGUGGGUAAUUGAAAUAUAACUAUUCGUUCUUCGUAGGCAUAUAUGAAUGUGUGUCAAAUGUUCGGUGCAAUAUAGCAGAACCAUUCCCAUCCAUGGAGGAUCGUGAUGGUUGUAAGCGUGAUGAUGAUACGUGAAUAAAGUGCGUGUCAGUACUGCAUGAUUAAUGGACAUAUUGAGUGUCUGCACGAAUACCAGAACAGGGUCCGUUUCCCUAAGAGGGUCAAUACUAACAAUAGAAUGCGUGUGAAAAGUGAAAGUUUGUGGUAUCAGAAAUUAUGUGAUAUUUUCAUCAGAGUAAACGUUGAAACUCCUGGACCACCAGAUCAAGCUUCAUACCUGAGCAAUCAGAUUUUGCCAAUAUGCGAGGUCGUCAUGACACACGCCGUCCAUUUUGCUCAAUCAGCUCUAGACGUAAAUAACUUUGGUAGAUAGUUGACAAUAUAUCGAGAUGUUAGAUACACGAAUUCGUACUCGAGUGGGAUCUGUUAUGUCUGCUCGUCGGCAAUCUGUAUCACGAAACCUUCAAGUUCAGCAUUUUACCCUAAAUGUUUCUCCUUACGACCAGCAAAGCGUACCAGAACCAAACGUCAUUUUUAAUAUGUAAACAAUUUCCUGUUAAAAACGAUACUGCACAGAUAUUACAAUUUACUUACCGAUCAUUUGUUAUGCUAGCGUACCUUAAGGUAAUAAGUGUUAUUGCAUUAAAUAAAUGAACCCGUAUGUUCGCUGCCUGACAGCCAGUACACCUAAAAAGUUGCUUGA